CGCGGGAUCUGUCAUAUUAAAGUUAAUCAUUUUCAUUUCCAAAUGUAAACAAAACAAUAAAUAAUAUAAAUAAUGAAUACAUUAGAAGAGAUUAUAAAAGGUAGUUUGAAGAUUCCUGAUAAAUUUGAUUUUCCAUUUCCACCUUAUGGAAUACAAAAUGAGUUUAUGAAAAACCUUUACUCUGUUUUGGAAAAUGGCAAACUGGGAAUUUUUGAAAGCCCCACUGGCACUGGUAAAUCUCUAAGUAUUAUUUGUGGGGCCAUUAGAUGGUUGAAAGAUCAUGAAGAGUUUAAGAGAUUGAGUAUUUCCAACAACAUAACAAAACUUGAGCAAGAAAAAUUAGAGGUAGCUGAUGAUGAAAAAGAUUGGAUAGUGGCUCAAUAUAAAGAAAGAGAGCUUACAGAAAAAUUGAACUUUCUGAAAAUUCAGGAAUCAAAGAUACAAGAUUAUGAAAAAAAGCUGAAAAAUCUGGAAAAGGUUAAAGAAUAUAAGUUGACAAAAAAAUGGAAAAACCUCAAUAAAAACCAUAAUAAUCAACAUGAAUUGCUGAAAGAUGAUUCCAUUGAGAAGAAUGUUGAUGAGGAUGAAGAUAUUUUACCUGAAGAACCAGAACUGAGUGCAACAGAUGAUUAUGUGUCUGAUGAAGAUGAGAAAGAAACUUCUUAUGAACCAUCUAAAAUUUACAUUUGCAGUAGAACACAUUCUCAAUUGGCCCAGUUUGUAGGAGAAAUUAUAAAAUCGCCUUUUGCAAAUGAUGUGAGGGUGGCUUCAUUAGCUUCAAGACAAGCCUAUUGCAUCAAUCCUGAGGUAUCAAAGUUGAAAAGUAUGGCACUUAUCAAUGAAAGAUGUGUGGAUUUACAGAAAAAACUUCCAAAGGCAAAAGUUGACCAAGAUGGAAAAGUAGUAAAGAAGCAAAAAGGAACCUCUUGUUCAUGUCCAUAUUACAAGCAAACUGCUAUAGAGGAAUUAGGAAAUUUUGCACUAGUUCAAGUACAAGAUGUUGAAGAUCUAGUUAACAAUGCAAAAGAACUGAAAGCUUGUCCUUACUAUGCUAGCAGAAAAGCAGCAGAAGAUGCUGAAGUGAUAUUUAUUCCUUAUAACACAUUAUUACAUAAAGCAACAAGAGAAGCAAAUGGAAUUAAAUUGAAAAACAACAUUGUGAUAGUAGAUGAAGCUCAUAAUUUAUUAGAGGCAUUGGCACAGAUGCAUAAUGUUGAUUUGAAUUAUGGGCAAGUUUACCAUGCUCUGCAACAGAUGAAAUCAUACAAAAAUAGGUUCCAUACACGUUUUUCAGCUAAGAAUUUGUUGAUGAUAAACCAGUUAUUAUUUGUCCUAGGCCAGCUCUUUCAUAUUAUGGAUGAUAAUAGCACCUGUAAUACCACUGAAAUUUUCACAUUGGAAAAUUUCGUUCUAAUGGGAAACAUUGACAACUUUAAUAUGUUUAGAUUAACAAAAUUUUGUAGAGAAGCCAGGUUGGCACAAAAAAUUCGAAGUUAUGCCAUAAAAUAUCCCAUCGAACAAACCGAAGAAACUACAAUUAAAAAAGGUGUCAAAGAGUUCUUAGCAAGCAUACAAAAUACCAAAAGCAACAAGAACAAAAAAGAAGCAGAAACACCCGAAAAAAAUACAAAGAAACUUGUGAUACCGCCUGUUAGCAACCCGCUCUUGACUGUCCUAUCCUUCCUAGAAACGCUCACAUAUUCCUACAAAGACGGGCGAAUAUUAUUCAAAAAAAGCACGGACAAACUGCAGUGCAAAUUGCAGUUCCUUCUCUUGGACCCUUCAUCGAACUUCACGGAUAUAGUUCAAGAAGCGAGGGCAGUUGUCUUGGCAGGGGGCACAAUGAAACCAAAUAGCGAGUUUAGAGACAGACUUUUUAUCAAAGCGGGUGCGAGUCCAGAUAGGAUUGUGGAGUUCUCUUGCGAUCAUAUUGUAGCCCCAGAAAAUAUUCUGCCAAUUAUUGUGACCAAAGGACAAAAUAAUGGGAAUCUUUUAUUCAAUUUUGAAAACAGGAUGUCUAUGGGCGGCAAUAUAAAACAUAUAAUCCAACAAGCUUGUGACAUGGUAAAAGGUGGGAUAGUGGUUUUUUUUCCAUCUUACAAUUACGAGAAUUGGGUUUGGCAACAAAUUAAAGAUACAAAUUUCGGUAAAACAGUUUUUCGUGAGCCCCAAAACUCAGGUUCUGUUGACGUGGUUUUGGAAAACUAUGCAAAGGCUAUUAUAAAACCAGGCAGUACAGGAGCUCUUCUACUGAGUGUUGUAGGUGGGAAACUGAGUGAAGGUCUAAAUUUUAGUGAUGAUCUGGGAAGAUGUGUUAUUGUGAUUGGACUACCAUAUGCCAAUAUAAUGGCUGCUGACUUGAAAGAAAAAAUGGCUUACUUAGAUAAAACAGAGGGUGCUGGUUCUGGCCAAAAGUUUUAUGAAAAUCAGUGCAUGAAAUCUGUGAAUCAAUGUAUCGGCAGGGCUGUAAGACACAAAAACGACUAUGCCACUGUGUUAUUAGUGGAUGAGAGAUAUGAUCGUAUGUCAAUUAAGAAUAUGUUGCCUAACUGGAUAAAGAAAUCUCUGAAAGUUGGUACUUGUGAUCAAACAUUUGAUCUUGUAAGAAAGUUUUUCAAGAACAAGAGGACCGGAACUUGACCAUUGAAACUCAAGGGUAUUUGUGUAUAAGGAUAAGAAAUAAUAUACCUAUUUUUUUAUUUUGAUAUAUUUCCAGAGUUUCCUUCAACAAUUUGGAUCCUUUUCCUUUUAGCAAAGUGUUCUAUUUUGCUCUCUAGACUAUUACAAGUUUGUCUUUUCAUCACUGGAAGAUAGUUGUUUGGACUAUGUUUUGGUAAAAGAUGUUCACUUAGGCAUUUUUCAUGUUUAUCUUCAUUAUUUGAACAUACUGUUUGUAGAUCAUUUUUCAAACUGAUCAACAUAUCUUUCAACAUUGUUUCUCUAAAAAAACAGCAUAAACUAAGACUCAACACACUAUAACCAAGACUUACUUUAGAGCAUGAGUGGUCCACAGUGAACUGAGUUUUUCUAUAACUUGAUUUAAGGAAUCAUUAUAGUGCCAUUUGAUCCCAUCAUACUCACAGAAAUACAAAUUCAGAGGGAGUUCAUUUGCCAUUCUAU